AUGGGUGCCUACAAGUACAUUGAGGAGCUUUGGAAGAAGAAGCAGUCCGAUGUGCUGCGCUUCUUGCUGCGCGUCCGCUGCUGGGAGUACCGCCAGCUCCCGAGCAUCGUGCGCCUGACGGGACCUACCCGGCCCGACAAGGCACGCCGCAUGGGCUACAAGGCCAAGCAGGGAUACGUCGUCUACCGCGUGCGCGUGCGCCGUGGUGGCCGCAAGAAGCCCGUCCCCAAGGGAAUCGUGUACGGCAAGCCCGUGAACCAGGGUAUCACCCAGCUGAAGCCCACCCGCAACCUGGCCAACCUGGCCGAGGAGCGUGUCGGCCGCAAGUGCGGUGGACUGCGCGUGCUGAACUCCUACUGGGUGAACCAGGACGCAGUCUACAAGUACUUUGAGGUCAUCCUGGUGGACCCCUUCCACAAGGCCAUCCGCAACGAUGCCCGCAUCAACUGGAUCGCCAACCCCGUCCACAAGCACCGCGAGCUGCGCGGCCUGACCAGCGCUGGCAAGAAGUACCGCGGCCUGACCGGCAAGGGGCACCUGCACACCAAGAACAGGCCCAGUCGGCGCGCCGUCUGGAAAAAGAACAACCGUGUGUCUCUGCGGAGGACCAUACAAUGCACGGUCCUGAACGGCGUCGUCUUCCUGGGCAGCGUCCUCCUGGUCCGCCACGGGCUGCAGCCGCUGCUGGCGACCACCCUGUCUGCCCUGCUGGGCCAGGGCCCCGGCUCCGCGGCCACCUCGCUGCUCAUGGGGGCAUACGGCGCGCUGUGGGUGCUGCCCGCCCACGUCGUGAGCCUGCUGAUCAACACGCUGUGGUACGCUGAGCUGGCGGAGCUCACCAUUGCCGCGGGCCAGCGCCAGGCCCUGGUGCGGCGGGCCGAGAGGCUGGGCGAGGGCCUGAGCGCGCGGCGCUCGCCCAUCAAGGCCAGGAUCCCCGACCCCAUGACCCUCAUCUCCGAAUCGGUGUACCGCAUCCUCCUCCUCUGCUCCAUCUCCCUGCAAACCUUUGUGCUGGAUCUCCUUCCCGUCAUAGGGCGGGCGACCAGCGCGGCCCUGAUGGCCUGGCUCUACGCCCUCUACUCAUUCGACUACAAGUGGGCGGCUCAUGGCAUCCCGCUCAUCACCCGCGUUUCUUUCUUCGAGACGCACUGGGCCUACUUUGCAGGGUUUGGCCUGCUCCCCAUCCUGCCGGUCCUGCUGACCAGCUUCUUCAUAGGUUCCGCCGUCGUGGGUGUGGCCUUCCCCCUCUUCAUCAUCUUGGCUGCGGAUGCCAACCCCAAAGCGCGGCAAGCGGAGGGUGAGUAUGCCACCUGA